ACGUUGGUCGAUUGUUUAUUUGUGUCCGCGAUCGCCUGAUCUUGUAAUUCCUUUUUCUCCACUUGGUUUGCGAAUAACUUUACUUAUUGAGCCCGCAAACAUGUUUCGAAGUGCCUCGCGCUUGCUUACAUUAAAUAGCGUUCGGCAGUACACUACGAGUAUCUCGCAGCCUGUAGCGGUACGGAUAGUGGAGGUUGGCCCACGAGAUGGACUUCAGAACGAACCCACUAUUCUUCCGGCUUCCGUGAAAAUUGACCUUAUCAAUCAAUUAUCAGAGACCGGUCUUCGCACAAUAGAGGCGACCAGCUUUGUCAGCGCAAAAUGGGUACCACAGAUGGGCGACAACACCGAGGUUCUGAAAGGGAUCAACAAGCUGCCUGGGAUUUCGUAUCCCGUAUUAACUCCAAACCUCAAAGGUUUCCAGGCGGCCGUGGCGGCCGGGGCUGAAGAGGUCGCGGUUUUCGGAGCGGCAUCCGAGAGUUUUUCACGCAAGAACGUAAACUGCUCCGUCGAGGAAAGCAUCGCACGAUUUAAGGACGUGAUGGACGCAGCCCGAAAGGCCAACAUCAAGGUUCGAGGAUACGUUUCAACGGUUGUCGGUUGUCCUUAUGAAGGAAAAAUUAAACCAUCGGCCGUGGUACGCGUCGUGGACAAGCUGCUUGAAAUGGGGUGCUAUGAAAUAUCGCUCGGCGACACCAUUGGCGUUGGAACGCCCGGUUCAUUCUCCGAAAUGCUACGCGAGGUAACUAAGAUCGCCCCGGUCAAUAUGCUGGCCGUGCACUGUCACGAUACGUACGGCCAAGCCCUUCCGAACAUUUUGACUUCGCUGAACUUUGGAAUAGCCGUAGUAGAUUCGUCCGUUUCGGGGCUGGGCGGAUGUCCUUAUGCUCGGGGUGCAUCUGGCAAUGCCGCUACCGAAGAUGUGGUCUACAUGCUGCACGGACUAGGCAUCGACACCGGAAUAGACCUGCCGAAGCUGGUCAACGUUGGUAAAUUUAUCUGCGAAAAGUUGGGGCGACAAUCAGAAUCCAAGGUGAACCGUGCCAUGAGAAAAACAAAUCCAAACGCUUGUUAAAAAGAACAUACAUUCCGCUAUCAUUCUGUGAGGAAAAGCAGGGUAAAGUGCAUUUAAUACUGUUAAGACACGAAUAAAAUUCGCUCAUAUGACGAACAUUUAA